AUGGCACACAGCAAAAGAAACACCAGCAGGGCGGUUUUUACCUCGUACGAGAGGGAGCUGGCCAAGGCGGCCUGGGGCUCCAACUCGGCCCGCCUGUCGCGCGAAUCCUUCCUCCCCUUCGCCUCAUGCUCGCUCUGCCUCGACGCGGCCAUCGACCCCGUCGCCUGCUCCGCCGGCGACGUCUUUUGCAGGGAGUGCGCCCUGAGCAACAUCCUGGCCCAGAAGAAGGAGAUCAAGCGCGCCGAGAAGGCGCUGCUCAACGGCGAGAAGGAGGCGAGGGAUGCAAAGGCCCUCGAGGAGCUCGAGGCCCACGAGCGCGCCGUCAAGGAGUUUGAGCUCACGCAGGCUGGCUUUGAUGUGCAACGGAAGAGCUCGACUGCACCAGCAGGUGGAGGGGGAGGCUGGGGCGGAGGGGGAGGAGGAGGAGGUGGUGGUGGUGGUGGUGGUGCAGCAGGGUCUGAAACGCAGGCGACACCCUCCAAGGCAGUUGCGUUACUGGAGGACGGCAGCGCCUCCACACAGGACAGGAAAAGACGGUUCGAGCUCGACGAGGACGAAGUGGCACGCAUCGCAGCCGAGGACCGGGCAAAAGCUCGCAAGACCAUCGACAGCGAAAAGGCUGCCAAGCCGAAACUGCCCUCGUUUUGGGUACCCACCGUGACGCCAACAUCCAACGAGAACAACGUGCUGCACGAAAUCAAAAAGGUCGUCAAAACACAGCCCGUCUGCCCCAGCUCGACGGAGGACAACCCGCACUUUUACUCGCUGCACUCGCUCAUCAAGAUCAACUUUACCGAAGAGGGCGAGGCUGACGACGAGGAGCAGUCGAGCGCGCCCCAGCCAAAGAGUCGGACCAGGAUAUGCCCGUCCUGCAGAAAGGGGCUCACAAACAGCUCAAAGGCGGUCUUGGCCAAGCCGUGCGGACACGUCCUGUGCGGCCCGUGUGUGAAGCAGUUCAUGACGCCGUCGGGCAAGUUUGACCCGCACGCGCCCGACUCGGAUCCGAAUGCGGUUCGGUGUUUUGUCUGCGACGAGGACGUGACUGAGAGGAAAGAGGCGCCUCAAAGCUCGUCCUCGGCCGACAAGAAGAAGAAAAGGGACAGGAUUCUGCCGGGUCUGGUCGAGCUUCGAAGCGAGGGCACCGGCUUCUCGGCAGGGGGGAAGAAUGAAGUCAAAAAGGUGGGCGUGGCGUUUCAAUGUUGA